GGCCACAAUCGACAAUAUCCUUGCGGCACUAUAUUGCUGUAAUUUCUGUAACUGUGUAAUGCUAAUAUGUAAAAUGUUUGUGGGAUCUGUUUACAGUUAGAACAGUUAGUUAGUUAAAUAACAUUACAUUAUAAAAAAGUAUUAUUUGCUCAAAUUUAGCUCAACAGCCUUAAUCGAUUUCAUAGAAUAUUUAAGCGGUAAACAAAAAUAAAACCUGUUAUAUAUUUAACAUUAUAGUAUUUAACUCUAUACUCCGUAAAAAUGGCCGAUAAUUUCCAAAACAACAAAACUAUGGCGCCUGUAAUGAUGGACUACGAUUUCAAAGUCAAAACUCAGAACGAGCGUUCUAAAGUCGAAGACCUCUUUGACUUUGAGGGUUGUAAAGUAGGAAGAGGUACAUAUGGACACGUAUAUAAAGCUCGACGGAAAGAUGGAUCUGACACUAAAGACUAUGCAUUGAAGCAAAUAGAAGGGACAGGACUUUCCAUGUCAGCUUGUAGAGAAAUAGCUUUGCUGAGGGAAUUGAAACACUCUAAUGUUAUUAUCCUAAUUAGAGUAUUCCUUUCACAUACGGAUCGCAAAGUAUGGCUAUUGUUUGAUUAUGCUGAACAUGAUUUAUGGCACAUUAUAAAGUUCCAUAGAGCUGCCAAAGCAAAUAAGAAAUCUGUGAUGGUUCCAAAGGGUAUGGUGAAAAGUUUAUUAUACCAAAUAUUGGAUGGAAUUCAUUAUUUACAUUCAAAUUGGGUACUACACAGGGAUUUGAAACCAGCUAAUAUUCUUGUUAUGGGUGAAGGACCUGAAAGAGGAAGAGUGAAAAUAGCAGACAUGGGUUUUGCAAGACUAUUUAAUGCACCUUUAAAACCCUUAGCAGAUUUAGAUCCAGUUGUAGUUACAUUCUGGUAUAGAGCACCAGAAUUGUUGUUAGGUGCUAGGCACUACACAAAGGCUAUUGAUAUAUGGGCAAUAGGAUGUAUAUUCGCAGAGCUUCUAACAUCAGAACCUAUUUUCCAUUGUCGUCAAGAAGAUAUCAAGACAAGCAACCCAUAUCAUCAUGAUCAACUAGACAGGAUAUUCAAUGUGAUGGGCUUCCCACAGGAAAAAGACUGGGAGGAUAUCAGGAAAAUGCCGGAACAUGCAACAUUAGUAAAAGAUUUUAAAAGAUCAAAUUACCAGAAUUGUUCAUUAAGUAAAUAUAUGGACAGACAUAAAAUCAAACCGGACAGUAAAGCAUUCAGUUUAUUACAAAGAUUACUCUUAAUGGAUCCUAACAGAAGGAUCACAUCGGAACAGGCGAUGCAAGAUCCUUACUUCACUGAAGACCCAUUGCCUACACAGGAUGUGUUCGCGGGCUGCCCCAUUCCAUACCCCAAAAGGGAGUUCCUGACGGACGAUGACCAGGAGGACAAGGGUGACUCCAAGGCGCGGCAGAACCAGCAGAAUCCUAACACACAACAGAAUCAAGUGCAAGCAAACAGCCACGAUCAUGGAGCAAACAAUGCUAAGAGAAUGAGAAUGCCGGGACCAAAUCAAGGUCAAACAAAUCAAGGCAAUGGCCAACAAGAGUUCCACCAACAACAACAGAUGAUGUUCGGAGCACAACAACAAGGCGCCAACUCACAACAGCAGCCCAACUUCCAACAAAGGUUCUAGAUGAGAAGUCUGAUUGAUUUAGAAUAAAACAGCCAAUACAACUUUAAUGCCUGGUUUACACUUGGCCAGUAUAGUGAGAGACACUGGCACCAGUUAGUGUCUACAUUAUGACAGUUGUAUGUCAGUCCAUUUAUUAAACGCUACUCUCCAACUGUAUUGGCCAAGUGUGUACAGGCAUAAAGCCAAUGUUGGACGAACGAAGCGUAUCAUUGGCCAAUGUUGUAACGUAAUAUUAAAAUGUCAUAGUAAGUAAAGGUCUUAAUCAGACAGUUUUCAUGCCAGAGUUUUCUGUUUGACAUCUUUUUAAACUUUGUUGUGAGUAAGGUAGUAAGAUAUUACACCUUAUUUGAAGCUAAACUUGUUACAAUGUCGAUUUAUCCAUAUAGAUGUAAAUAACAUAAUUUAGUCAUUUCUAAACAUUGUAUAAUUGUAUUGGUAAGGACAUGUAUUUUAAAUGAUAUUAAAUGGCGAUCUCUAUAGGUAAUAAAAUGUAGUAUUUUUAUAAAGUUUUUUUUUCGCGUCUAGUCAAGUUUCACCAAGAUAUACCCAACAGUACUUAGAUUAACAUGAAAUCUACGGUUCCUUUACAUCUUAAUAUGCGGUUUCUUGGCCAGUACAGUCGGAUAGUUGCGCAGGCCAGCAAUAGAUUUUAGGACUCGCUGGCGCCAGUUACUGUUCAUACUGUGUCAAUUAAUUUUCAGUCCAGUAAUUAAAGGCAACUGAACAACUGUACUGGGCAAGUGUGACCCACGCCUAAUGUUAAUGUCUUAUGAAAUGCUUCUAUCACUUGUUAAUUCAA